AUGGCGGUGUCUCAGCCCAGCAGAUCAAGAGACCUGGACAAGCUCCUGUUACGCCCCGGCCAAAUUGUUGGCCCUAACUUUGCACCCGGCGAAGAACUGAGGGAGGACAUAAAGGAAUGUAUGAAGAUUUUGGUGGUGGGAGCAGGUGGGCUGGGCUGCGAGUUACUGAAGGAUCUGGCUUUAACUGGGUUCAAGAAGCUGGAUGUAAUCGAUAUGGACCGCAUCGAGGUCACCAAUCUUAACCGGCAGUUCCUUUUCAGGCUUGAAGAUGUAGGAAAGCCAAAGGCUGAAGUAGCUGCAAAACGAGUCAUGGAAAGAAUUAAUGGUGUACAUAUUACACCACAUUUCUGUCGCAUUGAAGACAAACCAUUGGAUUUCUAUAGUGAUUUUGGCAUAAUUGUCCUUGGGCUUGAUUCGAUUGAGGCUCGGAGCUACAUAAAUGAAGUGGCUUGUGGAUUUCUAGAAUAUGAUUCUGAUGAUAACCCUCGAGAGGGUACUAUCAAACCAAUGGUGGAUGGUGGCACUGAAGGGUUCAAGGGCCAUGCCAGGAUAAUACUUCCAGGAAUUACACCUUGUUUUGAGUGUACAAUUUGGCUAUUUCCUCCACAAGUGAAAUUUCCUCUCUGUACCUUAGCUGAAACCCCAAGAACUGCUGCUCAUUGUAUUGAAUAUGCCCAUUUGAUUAAAUGGAAUGAGGUUCAUGGUAGCAGAAGUUUUGAUCCAGAUAACCCUGAAGACAUUCAAUGGGUUUAUUCAGAGGCUCUCAAGAGGGCUGAACUUUUCGGAAUUCAAGGAGUUACUUAUUCUUUGACUCAGGGUGUGGUGAAAAACAUCAUUCCUGCCAUUGCUUCUACCAAUGCUAUCAUCUCAGCUGCUUGUGCUCUGGAGACCCUAAAAAUCGUUUCCGAUUGCAGCAAGACAUUGUCGAAUUACCUAACGUAUAAUGGAGUCGAAGGUCUUCAUACCAAAGUUACAGAGUUUGUAAAGGACAAGGAUUGUCUUGUUUGUGGUCCUGCCGUUCUAAUUGAGUUGGAAAAGUCUGUUACUCUCGGAAAGUUCAUCGCUCAACUGGAAGAUCAGCCUCGGCUGCUCCUUACCAGAGUGAGUGUUACACACAGAGGGAAUAACUUGUACAUGCAGGCGCCUCCUGUACUAGAAGAGAUGACCCGGUCGAACCUAGAUUUGCCCCUUUUCGAUCUAAUGGGUGGAAUAUCUGAGGAUAUUGUUCAUGUUAAUGGGAUGGCUGGCAAAGGUGACAAGAAGCAAUCUUGUUUGAGGAAAUUACGAGUCUUGUUCAGGGGAACUGAUGGAGUUGCUGAUAUCGAUAUGGCUGGCGGGGCAUGA